AUGUACAUUCCCAACACACGCUGGACCUGGGCUUUCAUGCUCACGGCCAUUGCCCAGGUCUCCAUCGCCCUUGCCCUAGAAUCCUAUGUCUUUGGUAAAUUCCAAAACGAGAUCCACUUCGCCGCCGAAGGCGCAGGUGCAAACGAAACGCGCACCAUCCCUACAUUCCUUGCCGUCUUCAUGUUUGGUUACAUCUACCAACUCUUCCUCACAUGGGACGCCUUGCGCCUCAAGAACACUAUCCAAGUCAUCGGCCUCGUUCUCUACAACAUCGGUAUUCUCGUCUACGCCGGUAUCCAGUUCGACCAGAUCAAAGAUGCAGCCGACGACCUCAACGACAGCGCCUUCAUUCCCGCCUUCUUCUGGGCAGACGUCAAGCCCAUGCUGAUUGCUCUUCCCUGCCUCAUGGCUCUCGCUACCGUGAUCUUUGCCUUUGAAGCCUGGAAGCUGUAUGACGAGUUUGCCUGGACAAUCUACAAGCGCAUCAGCGCCGAUACACGCCUCAAAAAACGCUAUCUGACUUACCAGAUUUAUAUUGCUCUUUUGAAGUUUGACUUCUUCUUUUUCCUGGCCUUCACCGUACAGUUUCUCGUCGUGGUUGAAAACACAAAGACGGUCGAACAAGCCCUUACCGCCGCCGCCCUCGUCAUCACUUUCUUCCUUUUGUUCCUCGCUGGUUGGUGGGUCCGUCGCGAGUCUUUUGCCGGCAUGAUUAGCAUCAUCAUUGUCUAUUUCAUUGCCAUGGGCUACUUCCUGUUCAAACUCAUCCGAAUGUGGGUUGCCGACACUAACCGCCAGGAGGACUACAAGCCAGCCCGCAAGUCUCUGACUGCGUUUGCCAUCCUCACAAUUCUGCUACUCAUGUUCACCAUUGUAACGGCAUGUCUGUGCACGCACAACUUCAACAAGGGCCUCAAGCCUCACAUCAACGACAAGGUUGUGCAAAACGACAAGCCAUACAGCACAGAGAUGCCAUCACUGAGUGGACCAGUCCCGUCGCAGCGGAUGGAGAUUGAUUAA